GCAAAACAUCCAUUUCGCUUGGAAUAAUCUGCAACAUCAUAUUUUCAAACCCCAUCACUCCAGCUCAUGCAAACAUGGCGGAAACCGGCGUUGCGCACAAAGUCAUCUCUGUUAUUCUCCGUCUUUCCGAACUCGCCUCCGCUAUAAUCGUCCUGGGCAUUCUCUCGCGCUUCACCUACCUUGCGGGCAUCGCGCAGGUGCAUAUUGACGGACGCAUCAUCUACGCUAUCGUCGUCGCAUGUCUCGGCAUUAUUUACUCCAUCUGCUUCUGCCCGCCGUUCAAGUCCUUGUUCUUAGGCUUUCCUUUUGACUUUGUCAUGUUUGUCAUGUGGCUCGUGGCAUACUGCUUGCUCCAGACGAGAACCGGGAGUCACACUUGCUCUGCGAGUUGGUACUACAAUUAUUGGGGCUACUACUGGGGUCGCUAUUGGCGAGUUGGACCUGUUGGGACGGUGAAUGUUAACUCGGCGGGUUGCGGCUCGUGGAGGACAGCCCUUGCGUUUUCAUUCAUUGCGUGGUUUCUCCAUCUUCUGAGUGGCAUUCUCGGUAUAUACGUUUUCCGUACCUAUAUCAAGCUCGACGAGACAAAGACCGAUAUAAAGCAACAUGCGGAAAAGCUUGCCAGAGGGGACCCCAAAGUCCAUGGUUAUCAGCGAAAUUCCGAAGCGACAGAUAAUGUCUAGGCCACAAUCCAUCUCACACUGUUCCAGCGUUCUAGCCAAGGGAGGGUGCAGGCGGGGUAAUGUUAAUCUUUUGGAGUAAGCAGCCACAAACUGCGGAAGCCGAAUGGCAUAAUUUCAUUGGUCCACGGAAUAUACCAUAACCUACACAGAUUGAACUUGGUGCAGCAUGCACCUAAUAUAAUCCAUUUAGUCUUAAUCAGGGCCAUCCCCAAAUAACUUGCAUAUCAC